AAUCGAGUUUGAUUUGUAUUCUUGAGGUAUUUCGUGACGUUUUGGUGUAGUGAUUUUGGGAUGCGACUCUUUAGUAAUAAUAACAAUUCAGAUAAUCGUUAAGUUGUCAGCGCAUUCUCGGUAUCACCCCACUGGAAGCAGGCACAUUGUGAACAGUGGUCCUAUUGAUGAUCGGGAUAUUAUCAGAAAAAGUGGAACCUUGACUGGAAAGUAAAAUUCUCCCUACUGUACUCAUGUUCAUCAAGGGUGAGAGUGGUGAGUAAGGGUCUGGAUGCAGGCUGUGUGUGUGCUGGUGUGCUGUGGCCUGGUGGGGGCGCUAGCGGCGCUCCAGAAGGAGCACGUGGCCCAGCAGGCCAUCAAGCUGCACCGUGGGCGUGGCGCGGCGCCCAGUAACACCUGGCUGGUGAACAGCUGCAAGCGCCUGUCCGGCCUCCUGCGGCAGAAGAAGAUGGUGGUGAGGAAGUUGUCUGCGGCUGCAGACGCCGUCGGGAGAGACCUCACGCUCUCGGAUCCAGAGAGGCUCUUCCAGGUGCACACUCUGGAGGUGUUCCAAAAGGAGCUGAACGAGAGUGAGAGUCUGGUCUUCCAGUCGGUCGUGAGCCUCCAUCGGGCGCUGCAGGGGGACUAUCGCGACGUCGUCAACAUGAAGGACAGCAGCCGGCUCCGCCUCGAGGCCCUCAGAGAGGCCGCCAUCAAAGAGGAGCAGGAGUAUGUGGAACUGUUGGCGGCCGAGAAGCACCAGCAAGAGGCGCUGAAGAGCGCUCUGGCUCAGAACAAGACCCUGUCCAUGCUCGAUGAGAUCCUGGAGGAUGUCCGCCGGGCCGCAGACCGGCUCGAAGAGGAGUUAGAGGAACACGCCUUCGAUAACAACAAGCAGAUGAAGGGGGUGAAUGUGGAGGCGGUGCUCAGAGUGGAGGAGAAUGAGGAGGACGGGAGGAAGAGGAAGAAUGUGUCCCGGAGGAGGGAGGCGGAGGACGAUCUGGGACUGAGCAUGCUCAUCGACUCCCAGAACAACCAGUACAUCCUCACCAAGCCCCGGGACUCCACCAUGCCCCGGUCUGACCCACACCUCAUCAAGGACCUUGUGUGUGUGGUGAUGCUGUCAUUCCCGUGUGGCUGGCUCUGUUCGCUGGUGGGUCUCCCUCCAAUGUUCGGGUACAUCAUCUGUGGAGUCCUGUUGGGACCCUCCGGACUCAACACUAUCAAGUCCAUGGUGCAGGUGGAGACGCUAGGUGAACUGGGGGUUUUCUUCACCCUGUUCGUGGUGGGUCUUGAGUUCUCCCCGGAGCGGCUGAGAAAGGUGUGGAAGCCAUCAGUGCAGGGUUCCUGUUGUCUCAGCCUCCUCAUGGUGGGUGCUGGUCUGUUGUGGGGUCAGGUGCUGAUGAUCAGACCAACGCAGACCGUCUUCAUCUCCAGCUGCCUGGCUCUCUCCAGCACCCCCCUUGUCUCACGCCUAUUGGCUGCAGAGAAGGACGGUGAUGUGGAGUACAGCAGUGUUCUCUUGGGCAUGUUGGUAAUGCAGGACGUCCAGCUGGGUCUCUUCAUCGCUGUCCUGCCCUCCCUCAUCCAGGCCCAGAGCUCCAACACAGACAGUGUGCUGCUGGGAGGUGCUCGUGUGAUGGUGUUGUUGGUGCAGGUUCUAGUGUCCCUAGCAGCGGUGCUGCUGCUCUGUCUGCUGCUGAGGUCCGUCCUCAUUGGUCCGUUCUACAGGAAGCUCCACGCAGAAGGGAAGGGGAACAAAGAGAUCAUGGUGCUGGGGACGUGUGCCUUCGUCUUCCUCCUGCUCUCGGUGACUGAGUUCCUGGGUGUUUCCAUGGAGCUGGGCUGUUUCCUGGCGGGGGCGCUGCUUUCUUCCCUUGGUCAAAUGGUCACCACUGAGGUCAUGGGGUGCAUUGAGCCAAUCAGAGACUUCCUUGCCAUCAUCUUCUUUGCCUCCAUCGGUCUCCAUGUGUUUCCCAGCUUUGUGUUGUAUGAGCUGACGGUUCUCGUGGUGUUGACACUCUCCCUCGUCAUCAUGAAGUUCCUGAUGGCCGUGCUGGUGCUGUCAGCCAUCUUGCCUCCUUGUUCCCGCCACAUCCGCUGGGUGGUGUCAGCUGGUCUGGCCCAGGUCAGCGAAUUCUCCUUCGUCCUGGGAAGCCGUGCACGCCGCGCUGGCAUAAUCUCAAGAGAGGUGUACUUGCUGGUGCUGAGCGUCACCACUCUCAGCCUCCUAUUGGCCCCUCUCCUUUGGAGGGCCACCACGCACAGGUGGGGGAUGCGGUCUCAGCGCAAAACACUCACCUGACCAAGCUCCCACAACACUCACCUGAUCACACCCCCUAAAUCACUCACCUGACCAGCUGAUCAAGUCCCUGGAACUCUCACUUCACCACGCCCGGAGAACACUCGCCUAACCAAACCCCCAUAAACCACCUGAAACCAAUGAACAUGGCCAAAACUCUCUCCUGGCCACAUCCCCAAAACAAUCACCUGGACCAAGCCUAUAACACUCGCAUGACGAUGGCCGCAAACACUCAUCUGACGAUGCCCAUUUUACCUAGCUAGAAGCGCUGUUGCUUCGCUGCUAGUGUUUCUGUGUAACUAGCAGUGUCGCUGCUUAAUCAGUAAUGUUGCUGUUUAGUCAGUAGCAAGGCUGCUUAGCCAGUAACUUAAAUGUUUAUCUACUACCCGGUGUUUGUUUGUCAUCCUGGAUAACCUUGGGGUACACAUGUGAUCCUGUGAGGUGUUGAAACAAACAAACCUCAGACAUAUUCAUCUUGGUUCCGACUUCAUUCAUAAUACUAUCUGGGUGGGGGAACUGAAUGCGGAAUUCCGCAUUCAGUUCCACCCCAGCUAGCAUUUAUAACCAAGAUGGCCGUAAGUAAAUAAGGCCCAUACCUCUCCCUAGAUUAUGUUUAACGACUCCCAAUGAACGUUUGAAAUGGGAUGCAAAUGUUACACAAAUGCAAGGCUGUUGUCUUUCAACACGGCUUCAUGUUUGUGGUGCAAAAUUGUCUACCUGAAUUUGUUCAACACUCAGAGAACUGUCUUGCAAAAAGGGUUUUAUUUAUGUAUUUAUCUUCAUAAAUAUGUACGUCUUGAAAAUCUUCUAUUUUUAUUAUAAAAAUGCACUUUUGCCCAGUAUGUCUUA